AUGGCACCCCGCGGACGGCCCAAGACUUGUCCUCACGACUCCCUCCUCGUCGACACCUCCGAGUACGGCCGGAAGAAGGCCGGCUUCGUCCGCAUCCCGGCCGAGCAACGCGCCGCCGCGACGAGAAGCUCCGGCAGGGCCACCGCCAACUCCGCCUCCGACGGCCGCUCGACGCCGGACCCGGCCACGUUCCCGGGCCCGCUCGUCCUCCCCGACGACGACCUCGCCCUGGACCCGCGCGCCGCGCCCCAGAGCCUGCGGUCCUGGACCUCGGGCCACUGGCGGAACCCCAUCACGCCCGCGAGGAAGACCAUGUACGUCGCCGGCGUCCCGGCCAUCGACGACAGCGCCGCCUUCAUGAGGGGCUGGGACCUGCCCGACCUCUCUGACGUGAAGCCCCCCGCCGUGUCGUCAUCGUCGUCGUCUGCGCUCGAGCACCCCAAGAUCGACGACAUCGUGGGCUACUUUUCCGUCUUCUACCACCCGUUGCCCGCGAAGCCGCUGCCGGCGCCGCUGACCUUUGUCCGCUGGGACGGCAAGGGAGGGGACGUCCCCACAGCAGGCGCGAAGCCGCAGCGCAUGAUGGUCGGCCUCGCGACGGGCGACGGGUCCGUCGUCGGCAUCCGCGCGCGGCCUGCGCCGGACGGCCUGGCGCGGAUGCAGCUGAACCUCUGCGACCUGCUCGACGCGCUGCGGUCGGUGCUCCCCGGCGACGCGUACGCCGCGUGCCUGGUUGUCGCGCAGGACCUCUACGAGGACGACGACGACGACUUCUGCUGCGGCAGGGCCUUCGGCGGGAGCCGGAUCUGCGUCGUGUCGAGCUUUCGGUACCGGCCCGCGUUGGACGGGCUUCACGGGGUGGAGCGGGAGCACAUGUGGCCGGCGUCGCACUGCGAGCGGUUCGUCGUCGAGGCGGUCGAGUGGUGGGAGGAGCAGGAUGCCGCCGAGGCGGGGGGGAGCGUUGACGUCGCCUCGGGGGGCCAAGGCAAGAAGACGAAGACGAAGAAGGGGACGACGAGGAAGAAGAAGAAGACGAAGACGAAGAAGGAGGACUCGGACGAGGACGAUGACGAAGGGGAGAUCACGGUCGACCUGAAAAGGGUCACGGGCACGGCCAUGGGCGCCGCCGUCGAGGCCUCGAGGGACGUCCUGGUGCCGCGAACCGGCACCCGACGGCACGAGGCCGAGGACCUGCGGGGCCUAUGGUUCGGCCGCGUGGCCCGGACGGCGGCGCACGAGGUCGGCCACUGCCUCGGGAUGGGCCACUGCGUGUACUUCGCCUGCGUCAUGCAGGGCACCGGCGGGCUCGGCGAGGACGGGAGGCAGCCGCCGUACCUCUGCCCCGUGUGCGAGGCCAAGUUCGUCUGGGGGCUGGGCGAGAAGGGCGUCGUCGAGGGGGGCGCGGCGGGGCGGUGGAGGCCCGGGAGGCGGGAGGAGGUCGAGAAGGAGAGGAUGGAGGUUGUCCGGGGCUUCUGCGAGGCGUGGAGGGGGGUCGGCAUGUUCGCCGCCUACGGGGCCUGGUUGGAUGCUCGGUUGAGGGGGGAGGAGUUCGGGCCGCCCGAGGUCGAGGUAAUCGACCUGACGGGCGAGUGA